GAUGUGUUGUGUUGCUGUUUGUUGUGUUGUGUGAUUAGAAAGAUAUUUGAUAGUAUAUUUCUUAGCUACGGUUAUCGAUUUCUUCUCAAAUGGGAAAAAGUUUCCUUCAAGUUUUUAAAAAGAGAAGAAAUGUCUGUAAGCGAAAAGCUGUACAAAGUGUGAGCUUGGAUACAGAUCCAACUGAAAGCAGUGCUGAGGUCAUGUCAUUGUGCGAGAGUUCAUUGCAAAAGAUGAUGAGUGGAAGUGAAAAGAAAUACGAUACAGAAGGGCGGAGAAAAAAUGUCAAUUAAAGUUUUGACAUGAAUUUCCUGAAUUAUAAUUUUUUUGUGUCUUGUAGGAAAUGCAGUUGUGGAGGUUUACUUCUAGAAACAGUGCGACGUAGUGGUCUAGCAACAUAUUUUGAGCUUUAUUUUGUGAAGGGUGAUUACCAGUGUUUUUUUGUAAUUCAACAACGUUUAAUUUCAAUUUAAAAUUUUAUAGUGUUAAUGUAAGAGUAGGGUAUAGUCUACGGACAAUAGGAAAAUAUUCUGCAGCAGUUAGUGUGUUGUAUGGUAUAAGGUCUUCCUACUUCUCCCUCAAGAUUUGGAAAAUAUAACAACACAAUUGGAAAUAGAGUUAAGGGGGCAGCAUUAAAAUGUAUGGAAAAUGCUACUAAAGAGGCCAUUGAUGAAUUUAUCUGCUGCAUCUGCUGCUCAUGAUGGUUUGUGGCAAAAACGAGGACGCACAUCUCUAAAUGGUGUAGUUGCAGUCACUAGUGUUUACCACAUGCUGUUUACCCAGCAGAGCGGUAAGUUGAUUUGUCGGUUCCGCGUUGGACGCGAUCUCCUCGACCUUCCCCUCUCUGCUUCCCUCUCCCCUCCUGACCGCGAGAGGGAGAGGAAGAGGAAGAGGGAGAGGGGCAGAUACGGCAGCGUUGCUCCGGAUCACCCGCAGAACAGGCGGCUGCUGCGCCAGACGCGCGGAGGGGAUAAGGCAGCUGACGAAGUUACGGCGACAGCGCCGGGCGCGCUACUCUUUUACCCCUAG